CUGAUAAAUACUUGCUUUUUGCUGUCUGGCUGGAGAUGCCAUGGCUCUUCUCUGGCGACACUGGUGGCCUCUUGUGGAGUGUGUCUUCCUAAGCAUCACCCACCGGGCUUUAUCUCAGAAGAGGCGGUGUUUUUUCCAAGUAAAGCGACACAGCCUUAAUUUUCAUGGUUAUGGUUUUGUGAAUGGAUCAGAGCAGUAUUGUAAUUUCACUGAUUGCUGUGUAGGUUAUUACAUAAUCAAAAAUGGUGAACUUGAGGUUGAAUCUCUCGGGUGUUAUUUGACGGAAAAGUCUUGUUCUGAUUUAAGCUGCUCGAGGACACUCUUUGACAGAAAUCAUGUCCGUUGUGUUUGUAACGGCGACUUCUGCAACAGCAACAUCACAUGGAGUCCAGACAAACCUCUUCCUCUCACCGACUCCUAUGACUUUAACUCUUACGAAUGUGCAAACUCGUCUCUUCAUGAUCCACUGUGCGUCAAACCCUCAGACUCUGACAUUGAAAUACAACUACAGCAGAUUCUGUGUAAAGGGACUUUUGCAGCAGUUUGGAAAGGCAGCUACCAGGGCUCCCAAGUGGCUGUGAAGCUUUUUCCUUUGACCUGGAGACACAAGUUCACUGCAGAAAGAGAAAUUUAUCAGCUUCCUUUGAUGGCACAAACAGGGAUUGUCCAGUUCUUAGGCUCUGGAUCUAUCGGCCCGUGGGAAGCCCUCGUCCUUCAGUUUGUUAAACAUGGUUCUCUGCAUUCUUACUUAUCCACACACACCUCCAACUGGACGUCAUCGCUCGUGUUGUGCCAGUCUUUAUCACAGGGACUUUCUUACCUCCACUCAGACCUUCACAAAGACGGUGUUCAUAAGCCUCCAGUGGCACAUCGAGACCUCAGCAGCUCUAAUGUGCUCGUGACAGCAGAUGGAACCUGUGUCCUCAGUGAUUUUGGAUGCUCUACUAUUCUGCGCUCUGAGCAAACCGGCUGGCGUUUUUACUCCCGAAAACUAGAGGUCGAGAGCCCGAUGGGGACGCUGCGUUACAUGUCCCCUGAGAUCCUGCAGGGCUCAGUGAACCUAAACAGUGACUGGUGUCUUCAGGGGGACAUCUACUCUUUGGGACUAGUGCUGUGGGAAAUCUGGAUGCGAUGCUCCAGUUUAUUUGAUGGUGAGAGGGCGCCACUGCAUCUACUUCCAUAUGAAUUUGAGUUGGGGGCAAAAGUAUCUCUAGAAAACCUCCUCCACUAUGUAUUUUACAUGGACCAGAGACCAGAAAUCCCCAAAGUCUGGGAACAACACCCUCAGGGGGCAGCACUCAAGGAACUUCUGAGCAAUUGUUGGGACUCUGAUGGAGAUGCAAGAAUAUCUGCGUCAUUAGUGGUGAACCGUCUCGCCUCAUUUGAGUGA